AUGUCCACCGAUCAAUUGACGAGGAGAGCUCUGUCGGUGCUAAAGGAUAGUGGGAAGGAUCGCAUUGUGGUCACAAUUGCCGGCAUACCCGGAUCGGGGAAAUCGACUGCCGCAGCCAAUGUCGCUGCCGCGUUGAAUGCGAUUAGUCCUGGAAUUGCUGCAGUUGUGGGGAUGGACGGAUUUCACUAUUCUCGGGCGCAAUUAGACAAAUUCAACGAUCCGGUGAGUGCUCAUAAGUUUAGAGGUGCUGCAUUCACAUUUGACGCGGAAAAAGUGGUGGAAUUGGCUCGCAGCCUUCACGAUAGCUCCAGGCCUAUACCGGUGCCAAGUUUCGAUCAUGCCAAAAAAGAUCCCGUGAAAGAUGGGAUUGUUAUUGAUCCAAAGGCUAAAAUUAUUAUUUUCGAGGGUCUCUAUUUACAUUUGGAUGUCAGUCCGUGGAGUGAACUCAUGUCAUACUCUGACGACAGCUGGUUCGUUGAAAUCGACAAGUCAGUUGCUCGAGAUCGUCUAGCGAGACGGCAUGUUACAAGCGGAAUUUGUGAUACAUUAGAGCAAGGUUAUGAGCGGGCUGAUUUCAAUGACCUGCCUAAUGGUGAGUUUAUUAUUGAACACAACCAGGCCUCAAAGCUUUAUAUUUCAGGUUCAGCAAAGUAG